UGCGGCGGGCGCUGUAGUCAUGCCCCCACUCAAGGCCCUGGGCUCGUACCUGCGCCGCAACGACUCGCCCUCGGGCACGGUGACGCCGCCCGUCAUCGACGGCCUCCGUCGGCCGCACCGGCCGCUCUCUGCCACAGAUACAGACGCUGGCCACGACGGCGAGUCGCGCGGGAGACGGGCGGAGCAGCACGACGAACAGGAAAGCACACACGAAGAGCAGCAAGAGGAGGCAUGGGAGCUCGUCGAGGUCGCACGGGGCCUGGCCAACUACAACUCGAUCGAGAGCGAGCGGAUAAAGGGCAUCAAGAGCUCCCAGAUUGCCGCGACGCUCGGCUAUGCAGACUCGGACUACAUCGUCGACCAGCUCGCACUGCAUGCGUUCCCCUCGGAGCCGAUGCGGUGAUGUUAAUCCAUUCACAAGGCAGCUGAUCCAGUUGAUAGACAGAGUUGAAUGAUAGACAGAAGGGCGUGGGCCCAAUUCAAUUGAUAUAGAC